GCCCAACCAGCAACAAUCGGCAACUCCCUCACUACUGUACCCAGACCUCCACCAGGAAGAAUACACGACCCGGUUUGUGGGGGAUAAUCUUGCCGAUGACUGACGUUUUUACCUCGGCGAGUCGAUGAAUGCUCGUCGAUCGAUCUGCUGCAACGGGGUGCAAAUCGGGCGGGAUUGGGGAGACAAUGGUUGAAUUGUAUCACAAUCGGAUGAAGAUUGUGAAUGUGCGGAUGGAGGACUGGCGGUUCCAGAAACCAAAGCGAUGGGACACGGUCGGGAUUCGAUGGGUUGUUAUUGGACGGGUGGGCAGCGAGUCGGUAGCGCUGGCCCUGGGUCGUUCGUCUCAGCCAGUGCACCGGGACGGUACCGCAAUUCUGCCGCUGUCGGAUCGAGCCCAGUUUCCCGCACUUUUGUUCUUCCACCCUCUGCACCUUGUCGUCGUCCUCAACUCGCGGCUCCUUCGCACUCAGACGAUGUGGAGGUUGAGGGAGGGAAAUUGUAGUAGGGUCGCAGCUCAAAAAGGGCGAGUGAUGAGAGAGGACGGAUACAGGGAGAGAGGACGGGUGGCCAGGGAUUCGAAAUGAGGGCUGGCACAAUGUCACGGCGCGAGCAUGGGGGAGUGACCAAUCCCCCAGUCGCUGUGAUCAGUCCAAGGCGAGCGCAUCGUCA